AUGCAUGUGAUAAUUGCUGGCUCCGGUGAUUUGGCUCGCUACAUCUGUGAAGAGUUCACCAUAGCUGGACAUACACUCGUCAUCCUCACGCGUCAGUACAAACCACACUUUGAACGAUUGGGUGUCACUCAGUUCAUUACCGACUAUACCCUUACAUCAUUGAGCACUGCUCUGUCUAGUGGCGAGGUGCUCAUAUCGACAAUUUCGGAUUUUACGCCAACGUUCAUUGAUGUCCACCGCACUUUGAUUCAGGCAUGCCAGCAGAGUCCCAAAUGCAAGCGUUUCAUACCUUCCGAAUUUGCUGGCGAUGUCGAAACGUACCCGGAUCAGCCGGGAUUCUACUAUCGCACUCGAGAACCGAUUCGUGCCAUCCUACGGGAGCAGACAGACCUUGAAUGGACCCUGGUCUCCAAUGGCUGGCUGGCUGAUUACCUCGUACCGGCUAAGAACCGUUUUCUCAAGGAUAUCGACGAUGCUUGCCCCGUAAACCUUACUGGCGGCAGCAUCGUGAUCCCAGGGACCGGAACGGAACCCGUGGAUUUCACGUGGGCUCGAGACGUCGCCAAAGCGCUAGCACAACUCGUUGUUGCACCGGCCUGGGAACCGUACACCUAUAUCUCUGGGGAGCGCUCAUGCUGGAACGACGUCGCGAGACUUAUCACAUCGAAGUACCGCUCAGACUUCACAACUCAGUAUGUGUCGCUCUACAAUAUUACACAAAAUGUAAGAAAUGCCAAGGACGAUGACAUGCUGCUCCUGGCAGACCAUCACCUUUUCUCGGUGAGCCACGCCGGGUCUUUGCCGCAGGACAAGGUACAUGUUCAGAGGGAAAAGUAUUUCCGUGGCAUACGUUUCCGAACGCUAGAAGAUGGGCUGGCUGAAUACGAUGGCAACCCUGAGAUGAUCUUGUAA